UAUUCUAUUUUUAGGCUGCUUUCAGACAUGUGGAUUAUGACUAUGUUGUUAAUUGUGCAAAAAUUGCCAAAGAAGCCAGUGUUCCUCACAUGACAUAUAUAUCUUCUCAAGGAGCAAAAUCAUCCAGUCUUUUCCUUUAUCUCAAAACUAAAGGCGAGGUAGAGGAUGCCUUGAAAGAAAUGCAUUUUCCAAAAACAAGCAUAUUCAGACCUGGUGUUCUUGAUAGAGGUACCAAAAAAAGAUUUGGAGAGAAGUUGGCUGGUUGGGUGAUGAGCACCAUUUCUGUGGCAAAAGUUGCAAAAGCAAUGUUGGCUGAUGCCGAGAACUAUGUAAGGAGCAGUAAGAAUGAGGGAACUCAACAAGAGACAACUUCAGCUGUCACUUACGGAAAUGCUGAGAUCUUAGCUUUGCUGUCUACAAGUUAAUACUUGACUUUGAACUUAUUCUCGCACUGUUGGGGAUUCAUUCCAUAAAUUGUAUUUAGUUAUGUAACAGCUGUUAUACCGUGGGGGUGGGCAAGGGACCCUGGCAUUGGGUGGGGUUCAAUUUUUGCUGUAUACAUGUAUGUGCCACUGGCCUGGAAAUUCCAAGUUAGUCACUUUCUGUUCAUUCAUCUACCUUACAAGGCCUAAAAUGAAAUGACACAUUUGUCAACCUGAAUGUAGAGCACUUGCAAACAAAAUUUUCACCCCAUAUUGAUUUAUCUUCCAAUUUUCAAAUAGCUACUUGCCAGAUGUUUCUUACCCCCAAAAUCCUGAACAUGGGCCAUCCAAUUCUUACUAGUAACUCGUUUGAAAAUCUAACCCAAUUAUAGCCAAUCCAGUCGAGAAAAUGCAACCCCAUCCAGCUGCACAUCCCUAUUAGCGUAUUACUAGGAAGUACUGUACCCCCUGCUAAGUAGGGACAGUUGUGGAAAUAUUUUCCUUUUGAGCAUUCUAUUUAAUCCUGGUGUAAUUUUGGCUACAAAGGAAGUUUUUUUCUGGUCAGACAAUUUCAUGUUAGAUCAUAAUUAGUUCACUGUUCAUGACCGUCUUAUUGUUCAGGAAUGAAACGGACUCCCACAGUCUGUCAACACUUGGCAUCUUGAGACGUACCAUAAUAUAUAGUUUUAAUUUCCAGGAAAAUAGAUUGUUUGAGCUAAUCAAAAUUUUUCAGAUCAGACUAAACUUUUGGUGGUCAAAAUGCUAAUUAAAUUAUUAUUGCAGAGCUCUCAAGUCUAAGGCAUUGAGCAUGAGACUCAAAUGAAUUCUUUUGUAUGCUCUUAUGCUGAAACUGUUAUUUCUCAUGCAAUUAAAGUUCCUUGCUGCUUUAGUCAAGUACCCAGUACAUAAUUAACUAUCUUUUUGGAUAUACUUGUAAUUUACCCUCUUUUUACUUUGUACUCGCUUCAAACACUUUCCAACAGUAGCAAUUCUUGUGCAGAGCCAGUGUUUCUCCAGUCAGUGGGAUUAAUGACUGUUGCACAUGCUCUCAUGGAUGGGAUAGUCUGUUUUUCAGUGUUGUAACAUGUUAAUUUGAGUUCUGGAUAAGUCAGAAUGUUAAGAAAGAGUUGAUAUUGGUCCAAGAAAAAUCUGGGACCGAAAGAGCUACUAUGCAUCACAUUUCUGCUCAGAAUGAAGGAAAACACGUCUUAGCUACUUCCAUUUCAUGUCAGGUUGACCAUAAUUAGUAUAUACAAUGUACACUAGUUUUACAUCUACUGUUCUGAUGUCUAGGCAUGAAAUGGACUCUUUAUAUUCUCAAUGCUUGACCUCAUAAGACAUACCAUAAGAUACGUAUAUAUAUAUUUUUAAUUUCCUACAAAAUUGAAUGUUUCAGAUUGCUUGAGGUAAAUCUGUCAGGCCAAACUAAAAUUUCACUGGUCAAUGCUAAUUAUAUUAUUAUCAUCUGAUGACUGGCUUCUAUUUACAGGCUUGGGAAUUAUAUUGUUGAAAAUAUAAGGUACAUAAUGAGAUUCACUGUGCAUAACACAUUAUAUUCUAGCAAAAAUGAAAACAAUGUGAAGUGGUUAGUU